AUGGAAGCGGACUGGGACGAGGUCACCCGCAUCGCCUUCCCGGCGCCCGGUACCAAUGACUACCCCCGACCGGCUACCGCCCUAGCCUUCGACACAAUCGCUGAGCUGCUAUGGGCGGGCAACGACCGGGGCCGCGUGGUCUCGUUCUACGGCCACGACCUCCAGCGCUACACUGCCUUCAAGAUCCACCCGCCAGCCGAAGGUCCAGUCCGCCAAUUCCUUUUCCAUGACAGGGGCGUCAUCUGCCUCGGCACUCGGAGCGUGCACAUGUCGAUGCGCCGGGGGCCGGCUCUAUGGAACAUUCGACAUAAAGACAUGAAUGACCUGCAAUGCAUGAGCUUCACCUCCAAGGGUGCCUCCGAGAUUAUAGUUGCGGGAUGGCAAGAUACCAUGUUCAUCAUCGAUGUGAUCAAGGGGGAGAUUAUCAAGCAGGUCCCUACAGAACAUCACUACACCACCAUGAAGAAGAGCAAAUACAUAUGCGCCGCCACCCGAACCGGCUGCGUCGACCUCCUCGAUCCCAUCACCUUCAAAAUCGUUCGAAGCUGGCAAGCCCAUGCUUCGUACAUCAACGACAUGGACGCCCAGAACGACUUCAUUGUUACCUGCGGUGGCUCUCUCAAACAGCAGGCCGCCCAGACAUAUAUGCUCGAUCCAUAUGUCAACGUCUUCGAUCUCAAGAACAUGACCUCCAUGAAGCCGAUGCCGUUUCCGCCCCUCGCCGCCCACGUCAGGCUGCACCCGAGAAUGCUCACCACCAGCAUUGUGACGUCCCAGCAUGGUCAGAUGCACGUGGUCGAUAUCAUGAAUCCUAAUACGAGCAAUGUACGAUACGCGAACGUCAUGUCAUUCAUCAACCUAUUCGAGAUUGCGCCAUCCGGGGAAGCCUUGGCCAUGGCAGAUACGGAGUGCAACAUUCAUCUCUGGGGCUCGCCUUCCAAGAUUCACUUCACCGACAUGGCUCUCCCCAUCGACAUACCAAAGGCCGAAGAGCCCCUGCCCAUGCUCGACUGGUCCUCUGACACACCUCUGAGUUCUAUAGGCAUGCCGUACUACCGAGAACAGCUAUUCUCGGCCUGGCCUCCUGAUAUCAUCUCCGAUGUUGGCGCCCCACCGGUGCAGCUUGAUCCUGCUUUCCUGGCGACCCUCAAGCAGACCGAGUGGGGUCUGUAUGGCAGGAACACACGAGGUCUAAGGCGAAACCAGGUUGAGAAUACCCGGACAACCAUAAAGCCAUCCAUGCAGGCACCGAAAUUCUUGAGCGAGAAGGCGCGCGAAUCGGCCAUGGCUUCCAGUGCUGGCGGCGCCCCUGAUUCUAAGACCGAGCAAGCACCGGAUACUUCGUCGUCUUCCAGCGAGCUAGAGAGCUUGAAGCCCGAGGCGCCGCCAAUGUAUCGAAAUCUAGAGAUUAAAUACAGCAAGUUUGGGGUGGACGACUUUGACUUCGGGUACUACAAUAAGACACGGUACGCCGGCCUAGAAAACCACAUCCCGAACUCAUACGCGAACUCCCUUCUGCAGCUUAUGCACUACACCCCACUUCUGCGGAAUAUGGCGCUUCAGCAUGCAGCCACGGCGUGCGUGGGCGAUUUGUGUUUGUUGUGCGAGUUGGGUUUCGUGUUCGACAUGCUACAAAAGGCCGAAGGCUCGACAUGUCAAGCGACGAACAUGUUCAAGACGUUGAGUGCCGCUCCUCAAGCCGCACCUCUAGGCUUGCUCGAGGAGGAAAGCCACGUGUCGUCGCUCCUAACAAUGUCUCAAGGCCUGAGCAGGUUUCUGUUUGACAGGAUCAACCACGAAUACCGGAGCAUAGCCCCAGUGUCCACGGCCCUUGAACAGACGCUCUUUCACCUUCAGCAGCCUCCAAGCCCGGACGAGUUGGCGUCCAGGGUUUUGGCGACGUCUGCGGUAAUUAUGAUAAGGUGUAUGAACUGUAGGAACGAGAAUACGCGUCCCGGCACUGCACAGGUCAACGAUUUGAUGUAUCCGCUGCCCAAGCCGGCCGUCAGAGGCGGCAGGGCGCCAAAGACGAUUUUCUCUCAAGUGCUCAAGAUGGGUGUUGAGAGAGAGACCACGUCCAAGGGGUGGUGCAACCGGUGCCAGCGAUACCAGAAUUUGCAAAUGCGCAAGACGAUACACAGCGUCCCUGCAGUGCUUGUUGUCAACACAGCGAUUUCGACGCCGGAACACCGGAGGCUUUGGUCGACGCCUGGCUGGCUACCGGAGGAGAUUGGCAUCAUAGUGGAUCAGGGGCAAUUCUUUUGCUUCGAAGGGGAGGACUUAAAGCUCCAUCUCCAGCGGGGGAUCCAUAAUAUUACGGUCUACUCACUGAUCGGCAUGGUAGUCAACAUUGAGAGCAGCGCGCCACAGAAGACGCAUCUGGUGGGCAUGAUCAAUGUUGCGCAUGCCGAGGCCACACCCCCUGGAGAGAGCAGGUGGCACCUCUUCAACGACUUCUCAGUACGGCCCGUCUCGGCGGCAGAAGCCUUGACGUUCAACGCGGCGUGGAAGAUGCCAGCGGUCCUCCUAUACCAGAUCAAAGCGGCAAACAACAAGAGCAACAUGGACUGGAAAGCGAAGCUGGACACGUCGAUCCUGUACCGGGAUUUGAGCGCGCACUCGGAAGCAAAGACGUACCAGGUGCUCGACCCAGAGACCGAGCGGCCUGGCCUGGACACCAUUGUGGCGCUAGACACCGAGUUUGUCUCGCUCAAGCAGCCUGAGAUCCAAAUGAACUCGGACGGGGAAAGGGAAACCAUACGACCCAUGUCACACGCGCUCGCCCGAGUAUCGGUAGUUCGAGGUCAGGGCGAGCACGAAGGAGAGGCCUUUAUCGACGACUACAUUGCCAUCCGCGAACCGGUUGUGGACUACCUGACGCUGUACUCGGGCAUCACGGCCAGCGACCUCGACCCGCGUACGACCAAGCACAACUUGGUGUCGCUCAAGACGGCCUACAAGAAACUCUGGGUUCUCCUCAACUUGGGCUGCAAGUUCCUCGGCCACGGCCUGCGGCAGGACUUUCGCGUCAUCAACAUCCAGGUGCCGCGGGCGCAGGUAAUCGACACGAUCGAGGUGUUUUACCUCAAGUCACGGCUGCGGAAGCUGUCGCUGGCGUUUUUGGCGUGGUACCUGCUCAAGGAGGAUAUCCAGCUCGAGACGCACGACUCGAUCGAGGACGCGCGAACGGCGCUCAAGCUGUACCGGAAGUACCUCGAGUUUGAGGACGCGGGCAUCCUCGAGCCCAUUCUGGAGGAUAUCUACAAGGCCGGUAGGACGACCAACUUCAAGCCGCCGCGCAAGGAGGACCAGGUCAUUCAGCGGACGGAUACGCCGCCUGUCAUGGCGGUGGAAGGGAGCGUUGCGACGGCGGGGGGCGUCGCGGACCCGUCUACGCCUGCUCGUAAGGCGGUUGGGCUUGGGCAGGGGUCUGCGGGGGGGUCGUCGUUUGGGGUGGUGAAUGUAUUUACGCCGGGGAAGGGGUCGCCUUUGCCGAAGUGA